CCCCCUUUUCCCGUGGGCUGUGCGCGCUCGCCGGCUCAGCUACUUAGGUCGUCGUAGUCAUCGACAACUUCCACAUUCUACGGUGUUAAGUCAUCAAGACGACGUUCUGCCGCUACUCGCCAUUCCCGAGGAGGUUUUUAAUGAAAAAAAACACGGCUUAACCGUGCAACUUCUUCGUAAUAAAGAAAAUAAGACCCUCUGAGCCACCAUGGAUGAGGAUUCGUAUAACAUACAAGUGAAAGCCAACCAAAUCACCGAUGAGUCAUUGGAGGCUACUCGUCGGAUGCGGAAUAUGGCGGUUGAGACUCAAGAAACUGGGGCUAAAACACUUGUUAUGCUGAAUGAGCAAGGAGACCAACUGGAUAAAAUUGAACAGGGCUUGGAUCAUAUAAAUGAAGACAUGAAGGAGGCUGAGAAACACAUUAGACAGAUGUCAAAAUGCUGUGGACUGUGCAUCUGCCCAUGCAACAAGAUGAAGAGCAUAGACAACAAAGGUGCUUACAAGCCGGCGGUGUGGGGCUCCAUACGGAAGGAAAAGGUGGUCUCUGAGCAACCGGGCAAGGCAGGCCAACAAGGCCAGCCUCAAGCCAGUGGACCUUUCAUCAAAAGGAUUACCAAUGAUGACCGUGAGGAUGAGAUGGAGGGGAACCUGCAAGAAAUCGGUGGUAUUAUAGGGAAUCUCAAAGACAUGGCUCUGAAUAUGGGCAACGAGCUAGACCAGCAGAAUACACAGCUUGAACGGCUGAAUGAAAAGGCGGAGCUGAACACAUCUCGAAUUAAUCAAUCCAACCAGAAUGCAACAAAGCUACUGAAGUAGCAUCCUUCUGGGAACAAGAUAUCACGACUCAUGAUAAAUAUUUAGAAUUAGUAAGCCAUUGCAUGAACUCAAUUCCACUUCAGCAACAUUCUUUUAUAUUGAUACACAAGGAGCCAUUUUUUUUACAAAACAAUCAACGAAAUUGAGUACAUUAUUUAAAUGUUUUGAGCCAUUUUUUCCAAGGCAAAAAACACUAUUUAAUGGUCAACGUGAAAACUAUUUUAUCAACUUUAAAUCACUAACAUGCUUAUGUACAAUUACCAAUUAACAUUUUCAAAUGCUAAAAUUAUAUUUUACACUUCUUUACAAUAAUCUUUUUAAAGUUCCGAUUUAAAUGUGAAUACGUACUUGCUAACCACCUGAAUAUUAAUGGUAAACAUGUUCAAACCCCUGUUACUUUAAACUCUGCUUUAUUAACAUGUAAAUUGUGUGUACAUUAUUUGAAUAAAAUGAAUAUUCUUAC